AUAUAUAUAACCAGUUAACAAGGAAGUCAAUUUAAGGAUGUGGGAGUGUAUAUCCUGCGUAUAAUUACUUGUUAAAGUAUAUAUGAUGAAAACGAAUCUUGAUUUUAUAAUGUUAUAUUUUGCCAGUAAAGAUGCAUUUCAGGAUCCUAUGUUUAUUGACACUAAUACGAAUAUUUCCUAAUGAAGCCAGUGUGUAUUACGAAUAUCCCGAUCAUGCAACAUGGACGGAAGCGAAGAACAGUUGUUCCCUCGCAUUACCAGUGUUUUGGAACGAUUUAGGCCAGAAAGUUGUCAAUGUUACAAACAAUAUAACAACCGAUCUUUGGGUAGGAUAUUUCAAGGCAUCCACUGGAUUUGAAUAUAAAGGAUGCAUUAGAAAUGAAAAUUAUACACUCCGGAUGGACUCGGAAAGAAUAACUAUAGGUCAAUGUUACUCUGCCUGUGGAAGGAAACAAAUGAUUGGUAUAAGCGGAAGGAAAUGUUAUUGUGAAGACCAGUUCAACUUUAAAGAAGGUAUCAAAUCGAGGAUCUGCUACAAGUGUAGAAAUUGCCCAGCAAAUGUUUCCAACACGUGUGACGAAAAUAGCUGUUUGUCAGUAUACAAAGUUAAUCAAAAUGUCACUAAAGAUCAGAAGCUUAACAUUUAUGAUAACAUGUGUCUGAAGUUUGCGGGCAAAGAAAUUGUGUUUCAUAAUCGCUAUACGUGGACAGACUGUAAACAACAAUACAAAGCGUUUUGUGAAUAUGGUAUGUGUGUUUGUAUCUCAUAAGGUAUGUAAUGUUAACAUGAAAAUGUUUUUCACGUACUGAAUGUAUAGAUAGGUUGAAAUAUGUUAAUGCCACCAU